AUGGUGCGGCGCUCCCAGGCUCUCCCAGACUCUCCUAGACUCUCCCAGACACUCCUAGACUCUCACAGACAUUACCAAACUCUCCCAGACACUCCCAGUCACUCUAAGGAUUCUCGCAGGACUCUCCCAGACACUCCUAGAUUCUCACAGACAUUACCAGACUCUCCCAGCCACUCUAAGGAUUCUUCCAGACUCUCCCAGACAUUCCCAGAAACUCACAGACACUCACGGAGUCUCCCAGACACUCCCAGACAUUCCCAGACACUCCCAGACACUCCCAGACAUUCCCAGGCAUUCCCAGACACUCCCAGACACUCCCAGACAUUCCCAGACAUUCCCAGACACUCCCAGACACUCCCAGACACUCCCAGACUCUCCCAGACCUUUCUAAACUCUCUCAGACGCUCCUAG